AUCGACCGACCGGGCGGCGGCGGGAAGGGCCCGGGAGGCCUCAGGCGGGCCAGGGGCCAGGGCAUCCCCGCAGACGAGCCCGAAUGGGAUAGGACGCGUCCCGGGAAGAGGCCGUGGACCGAAGGGGAGGGAAGCGAGGCUCCGGGCCCGAGAGCGGCCCGUACCCAAGGGCUGGACCUGUCGAGGUGGUCCAGACUCAACAGCUAAGGCCAGCGGCCUGCAGCGCCCCGACCAGAUGGCCUCGAGAAGGCCCUGCUGUAGGCGUAGACCGCGGGCCAGCGGCCUGGCAACUUAGAAGGAGAAAGGGUCCACAGUGUGAAAAAGUGAUAGCAGAGAGUUAAAGGGAAAGUUAGGGCCCUCUGAGGCAGGCCUGCCUUCAAGAGAGGGAGGCCAUGGGCCUGACAGAGUGGUGGGGUGGAGUAGGUCAGGCUGAAGUUGGUUGAAAUCACAGGUCAGGCAAGAAGGUGGGGGAGGAAAGAGGUAACUCCUGGCCUUGGAAUGUACGGUGGAUGUUAUACCAGGAGGCCCCAGGGUGGUGGUGACAUCUUUGCCAGAAGGUAGGCCCUGGUCACUUCAGAAUUGAGGGCGAGGUUUUGAUAAACCAUAAGGAGGCUGGUUUGAAGGGUUGAGGCGCCAGAGUACUUUCUAAGGCCUUACAAAGUGGUCAGGUAGGUCUUUCGUGCUUUGAGUAGGCUACCACUGCGGAGCAGGCCCAAGGGCCUUCCUGUAGGUGGGGGGUGGGGAGAAGAAAGGGGUAAGAAGUCCCCAGGCCCUGUGGGAGUGUAGGAGAUUGUGGAGGCCCUGUGCCAAGCUGAGAAGAAAAAGGUCAGGCUGACCCCAUGGUGAAUGGGAGAAAGGCCUCAGUGGGGCUGAGCAGAGGCUCAGAGAAGUCCUGGAAAUGUGGAAGCCUGCAUCAGCCUGGACAUUCUGAGAUACUCAUCUUGGCUAGAAGAGGAGAUAAGAGAUAUGGAGGCUCCAGCUUGCAGAGACCCUCCCAGGCCCAAUACUUCAAAGCAUCUUACCUCUGCUCAAUAUAUAUUACUUGGAGAGGAUUGAGGAAACUGCCCUCAAAAAAGGUCUCUCCACUCAGGCUAUCUGGCGCCGACUCUGGGAUGAGCUGAUGAAAACAAGGCCUUCCAGUUUGGAGAGUGUGACUUGUUGGCGAGCCAAGUUUAUGGAAGCCUUCUUUUCCCAUGUUCUACGUGGAACCAUUGAUGUGUCUUCUGAUAAGCGACUUUGUGAUCAACGUUUCUCACCUCUCCUGCACAGCUCCCGUCAUGUUCGACAGCUCACCAUCUGCAAUAUGCUGCAGGGAGCAACUGAGCUUGUUGCUGAGCCAAACCGCAGGGUUCUAGAGACCCUGGCAAGUUCUCUGCAUACCCUCAAGUUCCGCCACCUGCUCUUCUCUGAUGUGGCUGCUCAGCAGUCACUCCGACAGCUGUUGCAUCAGCUCAUUCAUCAUGGAGCUGUCAGCCAAGUGUCGCUGUACUCCUGGCCUGUGCCUGAGUCAGCCCUUUUCAUCCUUAUCCUCACCAUGAGUGCUGGCUUUUGGCAGCCAGGCCCUGGUAGCUUGCCUUGCCGCCUCUGUGGUGAAGCCUCCCGAGGCCGGGCCCCAUCCCGAGAUGAAGGGUCCUUAUUGCUAGGCUCACGCCGGCCUCGGCGGGAUGCAGCAGAGCGAUGUGCUGCAGCACUAAUGGCCACCCGACGGAAGAGUGAAGUCAAGCAGAUGCCCAGGGCUGUACCUACCACUCGUGUAACACGCCGCAGCACACAAGAAAGCCUGGCAAUCGGCGGGACAGACUCUAAGAGGGAGUUGUACCCUCCAGCCACUUCUUAUGAGGCUUCUGGCACUAAGCAGCCAUCCUCUGCUCCAGCUGCCACCUCCUCUGCCUCCUCUUCCACAUCAUCCAAACGGGCUCCAGCUAGCUCAGCCUCUCAGCCUAAGCCCUUAAAGCGUUUCAAACGAGCUGCAGGGAAGAAGGGUGCCCGCACCCGUCAGGGGUCUGGUGCAGAGUCUGAAGACCUGUAUGACUUUGUUUUUAUUGUGGCUGGUGAGAAAGAGGAUGGUGAAGAGAUGGAGAUUGGGGAAGUAGCUUGUGGAGCUCUGGAUGGAUCAGAUCCCAGCUGUUUGGGGCUCCCAGCACUGGAGGCAUCCCAGCGAUUCCGCAGCAUUUCCACCUUGGAGCUGUUCACAGUUCCACUCUCCACAGAGGCGGCUCUGACACUGUGCCACCUGCUGAGCUCCUGGGUAUCACUGGAGAGCCUUACACUUUCCUACAAUGGCCUGGGCUCUAAUAUCUUCCGCCUGCUGGACAGCCUGCGGGCCCUGUCAGGCCAGGCUGGAUGCCGCCUCCGUGCCCUGCAUCUCAGUGACCUGUUCUCACCACUGCCCAUCCUGGAGUUGACUCGCGCCAUUGUGCGAGCCCUUCCCCUGCUGCGGGUCCUGUCUAUUCGUGUUGAUCACCCCAGCCAGAGGGACAACCCUGCUGUACCGGAGAAUGCUGGGCCCCCGAGCCACAUAAUUGGGGAUGAGGAAAUACCAGAAAACUGCCUAGAGCAAUUGGAGAUGGGAUUUCCACGGGGAGCUCAGCCAGCCCCACUGCUCUGCUCUGUUCUGAAGGCCUCAGGUUCUCUACAGCAGCUGUCACUGGACAGUGCCACCUUUGCCUCUCCCCAGGAUUUUGGGCUUGUGUUGCAAACACUCAAAGAAUACAACCUAUCUCUGAAGAGGCUGAGUUUCCAUGAUAUGAAUCUUGCAGACUGUCAGAGUGAGGUGCUCUUUUUGCUACAGAAUCUGACCCUUCAAGAGAUUACCUUCUCCUUCUGCCGUCUGUUUGAGAAACGCCCAACCCAGUUUCUUCCUGAGAUGGUUGCUGCUAUGAAGGGCAACUCGACACUGAAGGGCCUUCGACUACCAGGGAACCGCCUGGGGAACGCUGGCCUGUUGGCCCUAGCAGAUGUUUUCUCAGAGGAUUCUUCCUCUUCUCUCUGUCAGCUGGAUAUCAGUUCCAACUGCAUCAAGCCAGAUGGGCUUCUGGAGUUUGCCAAGCGACUGGAGCGCUGGGGCCGUGGAGCCUUUGGUCACCUACGCCUCUUCCAGAACUGGCUGGACCAGGAUGCAGUCACAGCAAGAGAAGCAAUCCGGCGGCUCCGGGCUACCUGCCAUGUGGUUAGCGACUCAUGGGACUCAUCCCAGGCCUUUGCAGAUUAUGUCAGCACCAUGUGAUGGGGCCCAUACCUCACAGGCCCACCCUCAGUACCAUCAGCUUGCAGGGGCUGAGGCAUGGGCUGCCCAGAAUCCCCAACCACUGAUUCUGUCA